UACGCAGGCAGGCAGAAGUUAUAAUUGUCAGAAAUACGAUUUUAGUUAGAAGCAAAAUAAAGUCGUAGUUUCGAUUAUUCUAAUCUAAAUAUAAUGAGAUCAGUCGACAGCUUCAGAUAAAUAGUAUUGAUAAAAAACCAAAAUGAGCAAGCAUAUGUAUUCAACUGCGAAUUUGUCCGACAAAGAGUUAAAGGAACAGGGAAACAGGCUGUUCAGCCUUAGACGUUUCGAAGAUGCUAUGAAUUGUUAUACAAAGGCAAUAAUAAAAAAUCCAUCUGUAGCCACAUACUUUACAAAUCGUGCUCUAUGCCAUUUGAAGAUGAAGCACUGGGAAGCCACAUGUCAGGAUUGUAGGCGAGCACUUGACAUAGACAAUAACCAAGUGAAGGGGCACUUCUUUCUUGGACAAGCGUUAGUAGAACUUGAGUGUUAUGAUGAAGCAAUCAAACAUUUACAUAGAGCAAGUGAUUUGGCUCGUGAGCAGAAACUAAACUUUGGUGACGAUAUAGCAGCACAACUACGUAUUGCUAGGAAGAAGAGAUGGAAUGUGCAGGAGGAAAAGAGGAUAGCUCAGGAGAUUGAACUGCAGACUUAUUUAAAUAGGCUAAUAAAUGAAGAUUUGCAGCGUAGAAUAGAAACAAUAAAAUUAGAAAAUAGUAGUGAAGACGAAAAUAAUACACAAAUAAGCAAAGUUGAAGAAGAAUGUAAUAAUUAUACUAGCGAGCUUAACAAUUUAUUUUCAAAAAUGGACGAGAGAAGAAGGAAACGUGACGUACCGGAUUAUUUAUGUGGGAAAAUCAGCUUUGAAAUACUAAACGAGCCUGUCAUCACGCCUAGCGGAAUUACCUAUGAGCGGAAAGACAUUGAAGAACAUUUAGAGCGUGUCGGCCACUUCGAUCCUGUGACCCGUGUGAAGUUAACCGCCGACCAACUGAUACCCAACUUCACUAUGAAGGAAGUGGUGGACGCGUUUCUCCAGGAGAACGAGUGGGCGCUCGACUACUAACCGUGUUUUUUAUUCUGUGUUCAUUUAGCGUUCGAUUGUCCAUUAUAAGUAGUGUGUUCCAUUAUACAUAGUUCCAUUAAUAAAUAUAGAACGCUAUGAUAUAGAAUUGGCUUGAGAAGGACACUUGACAAAGGGAUACACUUAAAAGAAAUGCCACCACUGGAGCAGUAGCGGCACAAAGUUAUAUUUACAUGAAUUAAGAAUUUUUUUCUUAUUUUAAUACACUCAUUAGGUACAUAGUGUUGGGUGUACGCAUACAUUACAUUCUGUUGGAUAUCAGAGCCUAGUAUUUUGAAUACUAUUUUAAUACAGCAUAAGUAACAGUUAUAUGUCAUAAAAAACUUAUGUACUGUUUCGUACAAUUGGAAAUAUUGACACGUUACGAAUUUUUGAAGAGUUCAUAUCGUGGCGAGACGUCACAUUACACGUUUUUUAAUAAAGUACAUUAACUCAAAAUGUAUAAAUUGGAAAAACUAUUUUAGGAUUUUAAUUAUAGCGUUCAUUUCCGAAAAUUAUAAGCAAUUUUAGUUAUUGUAAUUUAUUUUUAAGCGUGGGACAUUAGACAAUAUACUAUAUAUUGUAAAAAUAGCGGCAAGAAAACUCUUGAUUAGUACAUACCUGAACAAAUUUAUGCAGAUCUGCAGUUAUAUUGUUAGAUCAUACACGCCAAAGUUAUUAAGUCUAAAUUUCACAUAUGGACAAAUCGUAUAUUAACACAAAUCGUGAAUUCUAUCAAAACGUUAUUUCUUUUGCAUCUGUAUAGGCUAAUACUGGAACGAUUUGUUAGCGUAACAAAUCGUAAAAAUUCAGGAAUAUACGUUUACAAGUACGCAUUUAUCAACACGAAACUCGUGCGUAGCAGUAACGGGGAAUUAAGGUAUUAUUCGUCCGUAUUCUGUAAUUUUAGUAUUAAAUUUUUCUCUUGAAACCAUUAUACACCUUGCUAAGUAAGGCGAUGCCGCCAGAACUGGGGAAGAGAAAUAUUAACGAUUCAUGACAUGUGUGAACGUUCCAUAUAGUAGUAGAAGUAAUUGGAUAACACGAUUUAGUACACGCUGGAUUCAUACGUACUAAAUAACAUGCAAGGAGUCAUGUUGUCAAAUUAGCUUCUUAUGAAGAGGUGGUAUACCAUUGACACUAAUAGUAGUAGUGACCCAAACUGUUAUGACCAUUUUGUUAAAGUAAUAGUCGUUUGUUCUGACGGACAUUUAAAAAUUUCGCAUGCAUUUCAUAUUUCCGACUGACUUUUGAUUAGAUAGAAACAAAAUCUAAAUAAUCCAAAAGAGGUAGGUCUGCCUCCUUGCUCUUUGUAUUCAAAUACACCGAACGAAAUAUGGCGAAGUCAAUAGUUGCCUCGUUGC